UCUAUUGUUUAGCUGGUUUUCAAAGGCCUUCGCAACAAAUAAAUUUCCCACUCACCUCUUCCUCUCGCCUGCAUGGUCUCCCCCAAUUCUAGCAAACGCCCAUCCCUUCUGUAUGCCCGCUGAUGCAGACAUCGCUUCUCCUGCACAACAACCCUACUGAAACCUCUGCCAAACACGCCAAUGACCAUGAAUCGUACUAUACUUGCUUUGCUGACCUUGAUUAGGGUACUGGUACUCCCAACCCUCGGAGCCGGAUUGCUUAGUUCAUGGUCCUCUCUCACCUCAGUUUGUGCCCUAUUUCGUUUUCGCAUUCUCACCCUUUCUCUCCCACCUCCGUCCAGUUCUCGGCUUCCGGCGUCUCUUUCCAAUCUACGCUCCUCCUUUCACUAGACUCAUGGAAUCAUAUUGUCCUUUCCAAGCUCACAUGGACAGUGGAACAAUGGCCGGAGAAGAGGGCCCUUACCUAGGAGGAAGAGGCAGACACGCCAGUGGGUGGUGAAGACGAUGGUGAGUGGAUUUUCUAUUUAUUGUUUUCUCCAUCUUUUUUAGCAGUAGAUUUGAGAUAAGUCAUGUCCCAAGUCCGGAUCUUUGUAAGAUCUGACAAUGUGAGUUCUCAUUUUUGGGAUUAUGUUUUGGUGGUGUUCUCAGAGACGUCGAUUGGCCAACGAAGUGCUUGCCUCCAUGAAUGUUGACUGUAGCUCAGAAACGGAUGCAGAUUUUGUGAGUUUGGGGGAACUUUAAUUUGGUGGUUCUAUCUUUGAGUGAACUUUAAUUUGGUGUUAUUGUUUCAUUUCAGCUGCAAGCAUGUUGGCGCUUUGUUCCAUAAGCAAGAGACGACUGACAUAAAGGUUCUGAGAAUUGACGACCAGCCAAAUAUGAACUAAAAGACUGGCUUAUCUGAUUCUGUCUACUAUGGCAUAUCUCCUUAUGUGUACAAAAUUGGCUUAUUCGACAAAUACAACAAGCUAUUGGUGCUCUUCCCAACAGAUUACUACUUACUACUAUCACUAUGUGUUUUGGUUGGUCCUGCUCAUGUUUGUUGUUAAAAGAACCUUGAUUUAUGUCAUUAGUUUGGUUCUUUGCAGCUAGGCUUUGGAAGCCGAUAAACAAGUACCCUUUUGACAUAUACUGCAUUUAUGAUGUCAAUCAAUGGAGAAAGGCCAAACUUAUGACCCUUCAGGGUUCCCACCUCACAAUUCCACCACCUCUCUGGUAUCUUUCUGCAAAGGAGAAGUAAGACGGGUUCAAGUUGGAAUUCAGUUCGUUCUCCAUGGAACUCUAAAGCAGUAGUGGGACGGCAGAAGGUAUGGAUACAAGAGGAGAAAGCUUGAUUGAUUUGUCUGCUUCGAAUUGAGGCUGGAAGGAUCAUUGCUGCAUGGAAGUUUCAUGUUCGCCCCAAGCUUUAUUUUGUUGGUAUCGAUUUACAUGUAAAAUGGUUCAAUGUUAACUUUGGGCUCCAUUUUUACAUUUUUAGGGAAAUGCAUAGAGGAGCUUAGAGCUACUACCACGACAAUAACAGUGGGUGGGGAUGCUACACUGAGGACCAAAUAAAGCAGAUUCUAUUGAAGCAUACGGAGUUUCAGCACAAGGAUGCCAUUUCCCACCUUUCUGUGACGGGCUACGAUGAGGAGACUACAUUGAAAGUGGUUCUGUGUACUGAGUAUCCAGUUUGGUUUCUCUCAAUUAUAUGAUUGCUUCAACUCAACAUUUGUUUGUACUGUGCUGUUAAAUCAUUUCAGAUUAGCUUAUUGAUUUGAAAUGAUUGAUUGUUUUAGGUGCACUUUUGGGUGAUUUGUGGAGGAUGCAAAGGCCUUGGCAAAGAAUGGUAGCUUUCUUUGGGGGUUAGGGAUUCAAUUGGGGAAGCACAUAUAGUCUCCAUGCCUUUGUUUCCAACAGAUAGUAGACUCAACUUCAAUUUUGCAACAUCGGCAACCUGAUUCAUUAUGAGGGCUGUCCAGAGAGGUAGAGAAAGUUAAGAAGCAUAGUGACACUUCAAAUUCAAGUUGUUUUAAGGUUUUUGAACCUAGACGUGGCAUACAUGAUUUUAUAAGACUUUAAUUGUUUGUAUGUUAUAAAGACACCAACUAAGGAGUUAAUUUCAUGUCACAUAUUCUAGCUAUUUGGAGUCUCUAAUGCCAUAUUUUGUUAUGCUAUACUUAAGUUAAUUAGAGCUUAAGGCCAUUGCAAGAUAAAUUAAUGUGAGCUUCUCAAUCUAGAUUAUUUGGAUUGAUGUACAGUUUUUUCUUGGUUGUAUGCUUCUGCAGCAACUUCUCCCUUGCCGUGCUGUCACGUUGAAAUGGUAUCCGAUAUGUGUCUGCCAACAUCAUGACACCCCAUCUCUUUUUGCAGUUCUUUGAAGAAAAGUUCUGGAAGGCAGUAGCUUGCUGUGAUGGAGAAAAGUUUGUUGCAGAAUCUGAUGAGUAAGCAACAAAGAGCUGGGAUCAAAUGUUGAUAUAGUGUCUGGAUAAUGCAUAACAGGUUAUGUUCACCAACAGGUAUGUAGGCUGAGAAUACUUAUGGUAGUGAUCUAAAAAACCCAAGCUGAAUCGACAGAAUUUGAGAGCAUCAUGUUGUAAGCAGCUCUCCUUGAAAUGAUGUGAUUAUUUCUGAGUUGUUUAUUUCUAUUAAAUUUUGUAACUGUUGAGUUCAUGGAAAAUGUAAAGCUUUCCAUCCGAGAUCUUCUUCCUUCCUAUCAUUGUUUGUGUUUGUCUAGAGAUGUAACCCAGUGAUCAUCAUCUACAUAGCUUCCUCUUCGACUACUCAAUCACUCGCCACUUUAUAUAAAUCCAGUAGCAAACAUAUUGUUGGGGCUCCAAUGCAACAUGUCUCGACCUUAUUUGCUUCACGUGUAGUUGUUCUGCAUCCACUUUUAUCAUGAUAGUUGCUUUCUGUAUUUCUGCCUUGAUCUUCAGUUGCUGAUUACUUCAUGUUUGUGCAUAUCUUCUUCCUUGACUUAUACAAAAUAUGGAUAUGUAUGUUUUUUACCUUGAUUAAUCAAUUAUUCAAAUCACUAGUGGACUGAAAUAAGGUUUGGUGACUUCAGAAGGUCAGUUCUUCCUUUUACCUUUUUCGUUUGUUUCACUUUGUCAAUUUUCCUCCAAUCUCGAAUUGUUUGUGUUUAUCCAUAUUACUUUUACCAUUUGGCUUGCAACCUAAACCAGAAUUAGAUCUGACCUCUGCGCCUAAACAUCCUCUAAAGUAACCAACCUGCAACUUCUAAACUUUAUCUUUGGUCGAAGUGAAUUAGAUCAUUACAGAAAUAUUAAUCACCAAAGUUUAUGCAACUUAUUGUUGACUUGUUUCUUAGUCAAUGUUCUUGUUGGUGUUAUCUAACUCGAUUUACAUCACCAUGAUUAAACCUACUAGGAGGGUGCUCAAUCAUUAGAGUGCGUGCUUUCUAUAAUACUUUCCUUCUCUUGCUUUUGAACAAUUAUGCUCACUGAUCAUCACAUGUUUUUAAAGGUUGGAAACAAUCUGAUGCAGUUAUUGUUGGUUGGUUCUUUGUGGUUGUGCUCUACUAAAUUCAUGCCCCCCCCCCCCUGCAUUUGAGCAAAAUAUUAUGUACAUUGCUACUCUUUUGCAGUUCCAAGCCGGUUCUUGCUAUUUAGAGUAUAGGGUUCGUUGCUUUGCAGGUGACAGUUUUGGAACUGGGCCUUUGUGUUUCACUCAAAUCUUCAUCGGGCGGUUCGAGAGCGUACAGAACCAAGAACGACAUGUUCUUGCACAUAUUAUGCUGGAGUGUUUGGUUGGAAAGAAAUGCCAGGAUCUUAAAAGACGUUGCUAAGACUUCACGAUGGUAUACUUUGGAAUUUGGCAACAUAUGUCCAAUUGGUUGUGCGCUUCGAAAAGGUUGGGAAUGCAGUGGUGUACGAUUGGAUGAGGACUCUGAGACAUUGCAUACUGCCAAGAUUGCCAGGAACAACGCGUAACCAUUGAAACUUCCAGCGAUCUGCAGGCAACUUACAACAACUUCCGAUUGAGAGCCAAUUCCUGUGUGGCUGGAAUUACAGCAACUUCCGAUUGAGAGCCAAGAUCGCGAGGAACAACACGUAUUAUCUUGUACUGUUUGGAUACUUUUUCCUGUUUGUAAUCUGUCUUUCCUUUUCUUUGCUUUCCUCAGUGGCCUGUUCAAUAGGAGAGGCUUAUCGACCAAAAUUUAGUGUCGUUCUGCCCUUGCGUGGGUUGAAAAGAUUGAUUAAUCCUUUUACUGUAGCACUGAUUUAGUUUCGCCUUAAUUAUUUACCU